AUGCCAUCUGUGCCCGAAGAAUGCCUCUGGCUGAUCGUCUCUUACCUUCGCCGUGAAAGGGCUGCGCUCCAUGCCCUGCUCUUGACCAACUCGACCUUCUUUCGCAUCGCCGUCUCCUUCCUCUACUCCAGCCCCUUUCGUAUCCUCGACGAAGAACCCAACUACCAUUGGAAUGUGAUCGAAAAGACCAGGCGCUACGACGUCCUGCUCCACCUCCUCAUCCAAUCCUCUCAUCUACUAUCCCAUAUCGACGAAAACGGACGCAGGGUCAUGGACCUACCGCGAUAUGGACCCGAGGUCACACCACUGCCGUCACCCUCGACCAUCGACUACCUCUCCUACUACACCGACAUGUUCCACGACCCAAUGCUGCACCAGACAUUCAUGACACUCUUUCCAACCAUCCCCAACUGCUACCAAACCGACGUAAUCUGGUACCGCUCCAUGGUCGAAACUCGGAACAGGAUCGAGUACGCCAUGAUGGAUCGCCUUUUGCCCCAGGUCACCUCGUUGACGGUCGCCAUGCCCAUCCAGGUACCACGGACCAGGAUCGGAUACAUGUCUAACCUGCGUCGCCUGGAAGUGAUUGGAACCGACCUGUGUUGGCUGACCGAGGACGAUCUGCAGGCUGCGCAGGUGUUGCCCAUGAAUAGGACGACACGCGGAUCCAUGGGCUACAAGAUCACACGACUAGAUAGGAUGUUGAUGUUUAUUUGGGAUCACCAGCGGAUCUUUGGGACCCUCCGGGAACUGCGGAUCGAGGACAAGCCUGUGGUGUUGAAUAACCAGCCGAGUAAGCGCCUGAUCGAGCUGGUGGAGGCAAUGGGGGAACGUCUUGAAGUAUUGGAGGUUCGUCACUGGCCGGAUGCCAUUUUGUUUUUGGACAGGAUACCUACACGACAUCUCCGGCGGCUACUGCUUCAUUUGAGCAAGGAGCCAGGACCCAUCUUUGCCGCUCAAGAGAACAUGGCGACGUUUCUUGCUCAGUGCCCAGAUCUGCAAGAAUUCAGCAUGUACAUGGAUGAGCGGGAUCUAUUGGCCGCCUGGAGACCUCAAUACCAAAGGAGUCUACAACAACAACAACAACAACCAUCAGCGUCCAACUACGGCUGGCAAGGAAGGCAGAUUCUCACGAUGAGUCCAAUCAAGAGGAUCAACAUUGCAGGAUCGGCUCCGAAUGUCAUUGCCGUGAUCAACGAGGCGGUCGAUCUGUUUGCGGCGAGUUUGGAGGCCAUUUCAGCAAGGACAUGGUUCAGCGGCAAGCCCAUCACAGUACCCUUGGCAUGGCCGAGUAGGACUCUUAAUAGGCUGACGGAGCUGGACUUGGAGGGCGAAGUCGCAUGGACGUUUGACUAUGGAUCCUUGAUGAAUUGCCCUCGACUGUGUCGCAUGCGCCUGGGUUUCACCGGUCCAAAGCCCAGACGACAACCCGCGAUCCACUACUUGACCCGGUUGGUUACUCUGCAGGAUCUGGAGUUGGUAGGAAAUUGGCAGACGCUUGCAAUCCAAGGCUGGCCCAAAGUUGUCGCCGAGAUGUAUCACCUGGAGCGACUGGAGCUGAUUGGGUGUGAUGGCAUUACCUCGGACCAGCUGUAUGCGGUGGUCCGUGACAUUAUUGAUCAGAGUCACUCCUGGCGACUGAGAGAACAAGGGAACGGAGGGUCAUCCAAGACUCGUGAGGCAGUGCAGGGAUCACAAUCGCCACCGUCAUCCACCACUACCACUACUACCACCAUGACGACAUCAGCGGCAGCACAAGAUUUAUUCUACAAGACGUGUCGUCUGCGAUGGGUCAUUGCGAACAGGCGACUGGAGGAUGGACUGCACCGAUACUGGUCUGAACUGAAGCUGGCACACAGUGACCACGAUGGGUCACCGUACAUGAAGGCAUCCUUGGACCGGGUCCGAUUCAGCUGGGUCACCACUGCACGCCCUUCACGGUGA